GCAGUUGUCGCGCAAUUAGCUUCGAGAGAGGAAUAGUUUUAAUCAAAAAAACGGGACAAACGGUGACCCUCUGGAACACUGACACACCCGUGGGCUUUUUUUUUCUCUUUUCCGCCGAGAGAAGGGCCCAGGAAAAUCCCUCAUGGAUGACGCAUCUGCUGGGCGGCCCAGGGCUUUUUUUUCUCGAUAGCAGGAGAUACAAUGAUACACUCGAGACGAUACCGCUGGACCUGAUCGGGACGAAUCACACAGGCAAGCCCGUCUGUCUCAUUUCGGGCCCGUUCCUGAGCUGGGGCUGUGAAGGAGAGAGCCACUUUUCGUUGGGAAAGACCGCCGACUGCCUCGCCGUGCUUGCCAUGUCAUCAACCGCAAAUGGAGCAGGAUAUAAAACCCGUCGCGCUCGGUCUCUGCCAUGGCGUAUCUUUUCAUACUACAAGGGAUGCUCAUCGACGGUCAGAAGUGGGCUUGUGAAGCUUGCGUUCGUGGUCACCGAGUGACGACGUGCAAACACCAUGAUCGACCGUUGAUCCGCAUCCAGCGAAAAGGUCGCCCCUUUUCCACUUGCCCCGUGUGCAACUGCACUCCCUGCUCCUCUCCCGAAGAGCACGCCAAGAUCAGACGCGAGGCAGAUUCCAAGUCUUCUUCAAAAGUAACGCACGACCAAAGGCAGAUGUGGCAACUCCGAGCCAGAGACGCAAGAAAAAAAAAGAAAAAGAAAAAUCAAGAUUGAGAACGAUCAGUUACUGAUUGCUCUGAUCUUAGAAAGCGGCAGGAAGACUAUCCCGUUCCAGCAAUAAUGCUGGGUUUCUUCCCAUCGCUCCGCGUCCAACCACAACCGACGUGAGCCCCAAGCAGCCACGUCCACUCCCCUCGCAGCAGCUUCUGUCUGCUCAG